CAAUCAGUGUUAACUCACAGACACCACAGCAAAUCAAAACAGAGCUUAGAAUCGAAGCAGAGAGAGAGUGAGAUCGAUCGAUCAUCAUCAUCAUCAUCAUCAUCAUCAUCAUCGAUGUCGCUGGUAACAGAAGAAAUCAGAGGCAGAUCAGAGAUUUACCAUGGCGACGAACUCUGCCAAGUCAAAUCCAAGGAUCUGUUGAAGGAAAUCGCUCUUCCCAAUGGCUUACUUCCACUGAAAGACAUGGAGGAGUGUGGAAUCAACAGGGAAUCUGGAUUGGUGUGGCUGAAGCAGAAGAAGAGCACCACGCACAAGUUCGACAAGAUCGGGAAGCUUGUUUCGUACGGGCCGGAGGUGACUGCUCAGGUUGAGAAAGGGAAGAUCAAGAAGCUCACUGGUGUGAAGACGAAGGAGCUUCUGCUUUGGGUGUCGCUGAGUGAUAUCUACACGGAUGAACCGCCGACAGGGAAGAUCACGUUCAAGACGCCGGCUGGGCUUUACAGGUCGUUUCCUGUGUCUGCUUUUGAGAUUGUGGAAGAGAAAUCUUGUGUGGAGGAGAAGAGUAAGAAUCAUGAGGUUGUUGGAGAUGGUGUUGGUGGAGGAGUCAAAGAGGUUUGAUUAACAAUUUAAUAGAAUUACCACAUGCAAUUGUGGCUGGAUUAAAUGUUGACUAAUAAGUUAUAAGAAUUAUAAUGAAGGAUGAUGAUGAUGUUAUUUUUAGUUUA